CAGAACAGGGCGAUCUACCUCACAGGAGGCGGGGAGAUGGCAGACAGGAAGGGAAGAGUCCUCGCAUCGGAUCCCUAGAGAGAUCUCCAUGAAUCCUAUUCAGCUCCAGAAGCAAAAGAAAGUUUUCCACUUUGGGAUUAUCCGGUAAACUGAGCGACAUCCAGAAGUCUCUCCUAAGUCUGGACACAGGGAUCCGCAGAGAUGGACAAUACAACGGCAGAACCGAUGGAGUUAAACGUGUCGCUGUCCACUCAGGAUCCCACGCCGGUGGUUCAGACCACGCUAAGCACCCUGGCAGAGUUAUUUACUAUGAAGGUUAAUACCGCCGCAGAGCUUCGGACCGCUUCCAAUACUUCUGUAGAUGGGGAUCGGUUAUUUCUGACAACUGCUGCUGCGAAGGGCAUCUCGGGCUUGUUUGUCUGGACGGCUCUGCUACUGACUUGCCACCAGAUCUACCUUCAUCUACGAAAUUACACGAUUCCCAAAGAGCAGCGUUAUAUCAUCCGGAUCCUCUUUAUUGUGCCCAUUUACUCCUUCGACUCCUGGCUGAGCCUGUUGCUCAUAGGCAACGACCAGUACUACGUGUAUUUCGACUCAGUCAGGGAUUGCUAUGAAGCCUUUGUUAUAUACAGUUUCCUCAGCCUCUGCUUCGAGUAUCUCGGCGGAGAGAGCGCCAUCAUGACGGAGAUACGUGGAAAGCCCAUAAAAUCCAGCUGCUUCUAUGGGACCUGCUGUCUCCAAGGAAUGUCCUACUCCAUUGGCUUCCUCCGAUUUUGCAAGCAGGCCACCCUGCAGUUCUGUAUAGUGAAGCCCAUCAUGGCGGUCGUCACAAUAAUCCUACAAGCAUUUGGGAAAUACCAUGACGGGGAUUUCAACGUUCAGAGCGGCUACCUGUAUAUCACAAUCAUAUAUAACUUCUCCGUCAGCCUGGCUCUCUACGCCUUGUUUCUCUUCUACUUUGCCACCAAGGAGCUGCUGCACCCCUUUGAGCCUGUGCUGAAGUUUCUUACCAUCAAAGCGGUCAUCUUUCUAUCAUUUUGGCAAGGAAUGCUCCUGGCAAUACUGGAGAGAUGCGGGGUCAUUCCCGAAGUACAGAUCAUCAAUGGUAACCCAGUCGGUGCAGGGACAGUAGCUGCCGGGUAUCAGAACUUCAUCAUCUGCAUUGAAAUGCUGUUUGCGGCCAUUUCCCUGCGGUACGCCUUCACCUGCCAGGUUUAUCGGGAGAAGAAAGAGAACUCAACAGCAAACGUGGCUCCCAUGCAGAGCAUUUCCAGCGGUUUGAAGGAGACAAUGAGCCCCCAUGACAUUGUGCAGGAUGCCAUCCACAACUUCUCACCAACGUACCAACAGUACACCCAACAGUCCAUGCAGGACAUGCAGCAAAAAUCACAAGGACAGAACGGGCAUGCAGGUGCCAACAAAGGACCGUCGGGCAAGAGAAGGAAACAGAAUGAGAAGAUGAUGCUUAUUGUAUCUGACGAUGAACUCUAGGGACUAACCAAAUCUCGGUGGUUUCUGGCCCGGUGAUUGUAGCUGCUUUGUGGUUUACCAAUGUUUCUGACAAGUGGGUGUCCUAAAGGAUCCUUUCAAUGCAUGGGAUUGAUGACCACCCAAAAAACUGUACAGAGACAUGUAAUGUAUUGGUCUGCAUCAGGUCAUGACCUUGCCAAGGAUGGAGCAUCUUCAGCCAAUUGUCUUCUGUUUGUUGUAUUGUAUUUGUGCAGAGUAGAUGUUUUUAUGUUUUUUAUAAUAAUUUUAGCAUCAUGCCAAAAAAUUCUUAGUAUGUUUUUUUUUUUUUGUUUUUUUGUUUUUUUUUCUAUUCCUGUAAUUUUUUGUUUUAUUUCUGUAAAUCGCUCUUCUGCAAUCCCAGAAAUCCACGGUGGAGUAAUUUUGAGUCCAAGGUCAGUUUGGCGGACAGUCUUUUCUUCGUUUACAUUGAUAUUCUUCUCAUACCCAAUAAUAACAGAUGCAGAAUAAAAAAUGGGACUAUGCGUCAAAGUCAUUUCAAAGAAUACGGUCUGUGUGCCGCUGUUUCCGGAAGAUGAAUGGAAUCAUUUUAUGGACAGAUCUCUCUGGAUUACAGAACGAUGGACUGGGAUUUUCUUAAUAUUUCCGUCAAAAUAGGAGUUUAUUAAAGAUAUGGAUUCAGAAAAAGA